AUGGCCCAGCGGGCAGUGUGGCUGAUUAGCCACGAACCAGGAACUCCACACGGUGGCACCGUGAGAUUCUCCAGACGGUAUCCAACUGUUGAAAAACGAGCCAGAGUCUUCAAUGGAGCAAGUUAUGUACCUAUUCCUGAAGAUGGCCCCUUACUUAAAGCACUGCUCUUUGAACUUCGGUUAUUGGAUGAUAAUAAGGACUUUGUGCAGAGUCGUGACAGCUGUUCACGCAUCAAUAAAACGUCUGUUUACGGACUCCCGGUAGAAGGGGAAGAACUUUGGCCAAUUGUUGCUUUUCUGAAGAAUGGCAUGAUAUAUGCUUCUGUUCCACUAGUUGAACAAACUUUAUCUCCUCGGCCACCAUUAAUUAGCAUUAGUGGAAUUUCACAAGGCUUUGAACUUCUUUUUGGCGUACAAGAUUUUCUUUAUUCAGGUCAAAAAAAUGAGGCAGAAAUAAAUACAAAAUUGAGUCAGUUGCCUGAUUUGCUGCUACAGACUUGUCCAUUUGGUACUUUGUUGGAUGCCAGCUUACAGAAUUCAUUGGACAAUAUGAAUUUCGCUUCUGUGACUCAGCUGCCAAAGCAGCCAGCUUGGAAAACUGGAACAUACAAAGGAAAACCACAGGUUUCUAUUUCCAUCACUGAAAAAGUUAAAUCUAUGCAAUAUGAUAAACGGGAUGUCGCUGAUACGUGGCAAGUCACAGGAACUGUAACUUGCAAGUGCGAUUUGGAGGGAAUUAUGCCAAACGUUACCGUCAGCUUGAGUCUCCCCACCAAUGGAUCGCCACUUCAGGAUAUUCUAGUUCAUCCUUGUGUGACUUCCCUUGACUCUGCCAUUCUGACAUCUAGUAGUAUAAACACAAUGGAUGAUUCUGCUUUUAGUGGACCUUACAAAUUUCCAUUCACUCCCCCUUUAGAAUCAUUCAACUUGUGCUACUAUACUUCUCAGGUCCCUGUCCCACCUAUUUUGGGAUUUUAUCAAAUUCAGGAAGAAGUCCAGUUAAAAAUAACUGUUAAUUUAAAACUUCAUGAAAGUGUGAAAAAUAAUUUUGACUUCUGUGAAGCUCGUAUACCUUUUUACAAUAGAGGUCCAAUCACACAUGUGGAAUACAAAGUUAGUUUUGGCCAACUUGAAGUAUUUAGAGAAAAAGGCUUAUUGAUCUGGACAAUUGGCCAAAAGUUCCCAAAAUCAAUGGAAAUUACUCUUUCUGGAACUGUAACUUUUGGGGCAAAGAACCAUGAGAAGCAGCCAUUUGACCAGAUAUGUAUUGGAGGUACAGCAUAUGUAAAGCUUCACUUUAAGAUCUUAGAUUAUACACUCACUGGAUGUUAUGCAGAUCAGCAUUCAGUUCAAGUUUUUGCAACAGGAAAACCAAAAAUAAGUACACACCGGAAACUAAUUUCUUCUGAUUAUUACAUCUGGAAUUCUAAAGCUGCUGCUCCAAUAGCAUAUGGAUCAUUAAUAUUAUAA